AGUUGGAAGCGAAGAGCUCUUUGGAGCGGAUCUCAGACAGAAUGAUGUUCCCGGUGCUUUCAGUGCUGUCCUUGGUCUUUUACCAAGUGAUCUCCUGCGUUUCCGGAGCCGAGUUCUUUUCCUCCAUUCAUGGGAUGACCAAAGUGUUUGGCUACGAACAGAAAAUGCUGCUGCAUAUGCAGAAGUUCCUAUCCGAUAGUCAGGGAAAGUUGGAUUUUCUGAAAGCCCGACUGCGGGAGUUCGAAAACGAGAGGAACGAGGCACGUGAGUGGGGUCCAGCCUAUUUGGAAAGUCCUAUAAACCAAUAUUUGCUGAACAAGAGACUCACAGUCGACUGGCAGCGAGUGGAGAAUCUCAUGGCGGCUUCAACAGGCGAGAAGCCGCUGACUCGCCUGCGAAAGUUCCGACUAAAGCCCGAUAAAAAGGAACUCGAGGGAGCCAUAGAUGGGCUUCUCAGGUUGCAGUAUGUCUAUAGGCUGAAGGCCAAGGACCUGGCCAGUGGCAUCUUGGAUGGAGUGGACUAUGGCACCCAGUUAAACUCGGAGCACUGCGUGGACAUAGCCAGACUGGCUCUACGAGAUCAGCAUCCGCGUUUGGCUCAUUCCUGGCUAAUGGAGGCUAAUGGUCGCUUGGCGGGUGGGGAACAGGAGGAGAAACUGAAGCCACAGAUUCUGGCACUACUCGUGCAGGCCAAGAAGGAGUUGGAGGACUUCCGUGGUCUGAACGAUACCUACCAGGAGCUAAUCGGGAUCCAACCAGCCAGUGAGGAGCACGCCAAGAAUUACGAAGCUUUCUUGGAUUCGCUCGGUGCGAGGGCAUUAUUAAACGAAUCCAAACCCAUCCUAGAACAUGCUCCCAUUCCGGAGGAGGGUGAACCGGUGGGCGAGUUCCAGGCCUACAGCCUAACCUGCAGUGGCCACUGGCGACUCACUCCCAAGGAACAAAGCCAUCUGCGCUGCGGCUAUGUGACCGAGACGCACCCCUUCCUGUGGAUAGCUCCUCUCAAGGCGGAGGAGCUCUUCCAGGAUCCCCUGCUCGUCCUCUACCACGAUGUCAUAUACCAGAGCGAGAUCGAUGUCAUACGGAAGCUGACCGAGAACAGGCUGAUGCGGGCCACGGUGACGGGCCACAAUGAAUCACUGGUGUCCAAUGUGAGGACCAGCCAGUUCACCUUCAUCCCCGCCUCGGCGCACAAGGUGCUGUCUACCAUCGAUCAGAGAGUAGCGGACAUGACCAACUUGAACAUGAAGUACGCGGAGGAUCACCAGUUCGCCAACUACGGAAUCGGAGGACACUACGGCCAGCACAUGGACUGGUUCUACCAGACGACCUUUGAUGCCGGACUGGUCUCCUCUCCCGAAAUGGGCAACCGCAUCGCCACAGUGCUUUUUUAUCUGUCGGAUGUUUCCCAAGGUGGAGGCACCGCGUUUCCGCAGCUAAGAACCCUACUGAAGCCAAAGAAAUAUGCAGCCGCUUUCUGGCAUAAUCUCCAUGCUUCUGGAGUGGGCGAUGUGAGAACACAACAUGGCGCGUGUCCCAUCAUCGCGGGCUCCAAGUGGGUUCAAAAUCGCUGGAUCCGUGAGUUUGACCAAUCCGAUCGGCGACCCUGUGAGCUGUGGGAUGACUCGUUGGCCAGCUACGCGCUGAUUUUGGAGUUAAGCAAGCGAAAUGAGGCGGAGGCAGCUGCUAGAUAACGCAGUCAAUAACUUAAAUCCAGAAAUCCAGUCAAGCUUUAGAGAACCGAGUUCUAGACUAAGUAUAUUAGUGUACUUACUUGCCCUGCAAUUCCAAUUCCAAAUCCAAAUGCCGCCCAAUAAACACACGUGAUUGAAUA